AUUCACAUUUCUGGCUCGGAGUGAGAGAGAGUGCUACAUGUGACAAUACAUGAGUGUGAGCUCUCUGCCAACUUGAGCAUAAAAACAGAGCACACUCUGUUUUCUUAUCAUAAAAAAAAAAAAAAAAGGAAGGAAAGAACUUUGAGGUAAUUCUGUGUGGCCAUGGCAGCUCGCAGACUCUCCUCCUUGCUUUAUCGCUCUCUUGCUGCUUCUUCUUCAUCUGGGUCUGCUUCUCUGCUUUCCUCUCUAGGAAGAAGUUCUGGCUGUGGGAGAAGCAUCCACAGGUUUAGCACAGCUGCAGCAGCUGAGGAAUUAAUCAUUCCACCUGUUCAGAUAAAUUACACUCAGAAUCUGAUUAAUGGGCAAUUUGUAGAUGCUGUAUCAGGAAAAACAUUUCCAACUUAUGACCCUCGUACUGGGGAAGUGAUUGCUCAUAUUGCUGAAGGUGAUGCAGAAGAUAUCAACCGUGCUGUAGCCGCUGCCCGCAAGGCAUUUGAUGAGGGACCAUGGCCAAGGAUGACCGCUUAUGAAAGAUCAAGGAUAUUGUUGCGCUUUGCCGAUUUGGUUGAGAAACACAGUGAUGAGCUUGCUGCUCUAGAGACAUGGAACAAUGGGAAGCCUUAUGAACAAGCAGCCAAAUCUGAAUUACCACUGUUUAUACGGCUAUUUCACUACUAUGCUGGCUGGGCAGAUAAAAUCCAUGGACUAACAGUUCCGGCUGAUGGAGAUUAUCAUGUGCAAACAUUGCAUGAACCAAUUGGAGUCGCAGGGCAAAUCAUUCCCUGGAACUUUCCUCUUGUCAUGUUUGCUUGGAAAGUUGGGCCUGCUCUAGCAUGUGGUAAUACCAUUGUCCUAAAGACAGCAGAGCAAACACCAUUGACAGCACUCUUUGUGGCAAAGCUAUUCCAUGAGGCCGGUCUUCCUCCAGGUGUUCUAAAUAUAGUUUCUGGCUUUGGUCCGACUGCUGGUGCAGCACUUGCCAGCCAUAUGGACGUGGAUAAGCUAGCUUUCACAGGAUCAACUGAUACUGGAAAGAUUGUACUUGAAUUGGCUGCAAGAAGCAAUCUUAAGCCAGUAACACUAGAGCUAGGAGGGAAAUCACCAUUCAUAGUAUGUGAGGAUGCUGAUGUUGAUAAGGCUGUGGAGCUUGCACACUUUGCUCUAUUCUUUAAUCAGGGGCAAUGCUGCUGUGCUGGUUCUCGUACAUAUGUACAUGAACGUGUACAUGAUGAGUUCCUAGAGAAAGCAAAGGCACGUGCUGUGAGGCGUGUUGUUGGUGAUCCCUUCAAGAAGGGUGUGGAACAAGGUCCUCAGAUUGACACGGAGCAAUUUGAGAAAGUCCUUAGAUACAUAAGAGCUGGAAUCAAAAGCAAUGCCACCCUUGAAUGUGGAGGUGACAGAUUUGGCUCCAAAGGCUACUUCAUUCAGCCUACUGUCUUCUCAAAUGUUCAGGAUGAUAUGUUGAUAGCACAGGAUGAGAUCUUUGGCCCAGUGCAAUCUAUCUUCAAAUUCAAGGAUCUUGAUGAAGUAAUAAGAAGAGCGAAUGCAACACGCUAUGGUCUAGCUGCAGGAGUUUUUACGAAAAACUUGGACACUGCCAACACCUUGACCCGAGCUCUAAGAGCUGGUACUGUAUGGAUUAAUUGCUUUGAUGUGUUUGAUGCGGCGAUUCCUUUUGGUGGGUACAAGAUGAGCGGUAUAGGCAGGGAGAAGGGAAUCUACAGCCUUAAUAACUACUUGCAAGUCAAGGCUGUUAUUACUCCUCUGAACAAGGCAGCAUGGUUGUAAGUGUCUAAGUUCCGCCUUAUUGUAAUAGUCUCAUUUAUCCUAAAUAAAGGAGAGCAUACACAGGCCGGCUUGUAAAAAUGCAAAGAAAGUAUCAAUUUCCCCAAGAAAACUUGCUUGUUUGAACUUGACUGCCCCAAUGUUGCUGUUGCAUCUUUGUCAAAUCCUGGUGUUCAGUUGCCUAGAGUUGCUGCAUGACAUUUUGAGUGAUGAUGAUGAUGAUGUUAUUUUGUGCUAUCUUUCUCAUGUGAAUGGUGUUGCACCUCUUCUACCGAGUGUGAAAUUUAUCAUGUGGUUUAUCUUUAACCUGACUGCAGUUAUGGCUGACAUUUUUUGAGGCAAAUGCCAUUGACUCAUUGAUGUCAGGCUUAAGACAUUUAUUAAUCUUGCUUUCCAGUAAAAAUUGUACACAAGGGUUGUUUACAGUUCAAAAUGGAAAAUAAAGUACGCCUCGUUGGUGCA